AUGGCGGAGCGGAGGAUCUCCUAUGCUCCCGACGUGGAGAAUGGUGACCAUUCUCGUCACGCUGAAAAUGAAGGCAAUCUCGAUGAGUACACUGCUUUGAACCGUUACAUCUCGACUGCUCGCGAUGGCCGUCGCGGCUCGACCUCCAGUGCUGGUGCUAGAAGCCUCCAGCAGAAGAAGAAGCCCUGGUACGCCUUCUGGAGGAAGGACGCUGAGACUGGCGGCGCCUUCGUCUGCCCUGACGAAUGGCUCGAAACCGACCUCCGCACUGGUCUCGCCUCCAGCCAAAUUGAGACGCGUCGUAAGAAGGGUGGCUGGAACGAACUCACCACCGAGAAGACCAACUUCUUCGUUCAGUUCAUUGGUUAUUUCCGUGGUCCUAUUCUCUAUGUUAUGGAAUUGGCUGUUUUUUUGGCUGCUGGUCUUCGUGACUGGAUUGAUCUGGGUGUCAUUUGUGGUAUUCUUCUGCUCAACGCUGUCGUCGGUUGGUACCAGGAGAAGCAGGCUGCCGACGUCGUCGCCAGUCUUAAGGGUGAUAUUGCUAUGAAGGCUGUUGUUAUCCGUGAUGGUCAGGAGCAGGAAAUCCUUGCUCGUGAGCUGGUCACUGGUGAUAUUAUCGUUGUUGAGGAAGGUACCGUCAUUCCCGCCGAUAUUCGCCUGAUCUGCGACUACGACAAGCCCGAGAUGUUCGAAACCUACAAGGAGUACCUCGCCACUGCCAACGAUGACACCCUCAAGGAGAAGGACGAUGACGACGAAGACGGUGGCAUCGAGGCCCGUGUUGGUGUCUCCCUCAUUGCUGUUGAUCAGUCCGCCAUCACUGGUGAAUCUCUCGCUGUCGACAAGUACAUGGCCGACACUUGCUACUACACCACUGGUUGCAAGCGUGGUAAGGCCUACGCCAUCGUUACCGCCACCGCUAAGCAGUCCUUCGUCGGCAAGACCGCUGCUCUCGUACAGGGUGCCAAGGACCAGGGUCACUUCAAGGCUGUCAUGGACAACAUCGGUACUACUCUGCUCGUUCUCGUCAUGUUCUGGAUUCUCGCCGCUUGGAUUGGUGGUUUCUACCGUCACCUCAAGAUCGCUACUCCUGAGCACGAGGACAACAACCUGCUCCACUAUACCCUCAUUCUCCUGAUCAUCGGUGUUCCCGUCGGUUUGCCCGUCGUCACUACCACCACCCUCGCUGUCGGUGCCGCUUACCUUGCCGAGCAGAAGGCUAUCGUCCAGAAGCUCACUGCCAUUGAGUCUCUUGCUGGUGUCGACAUCCUCUGCUCUGACAAGACUGGUACUCUCACUGCUAACCAGCUCUCCAUUCGUGAGCCCUACGUCAACGAGGGUGUUGAUGUCAACUGGAUGAUGGCCGUUGCUGCUAUUGCCUCCAACCACAACGUCAAGAACCUCGACCCUAUCGACAAGGUUACCAUCCUCACCCUCCGUCGCUACCCCAAGGCCCGUGAGAUUCUCUCCCGCAACUGGGUCACUGAGAAGUACACUCCCUUCGACCCCGUCUCUAAGCGUAUCACCACUGUCUGCACUUGCGACGGUGUCCGCUACGUCUGUGCUAAGGGUGCCCCCAAGGCUAUCUUGAAUAUGUCUCAGUGCUCUGAGGAGGAGGCUGCCAAGUUCCGUGAGAAGGCCGCUGAGUUCGCUCGCCGUGGUUUCCGUUCUCUUGGUGUUGCCGUCCAGAAGGAGGGCGAGCCCUGGCAACUGCUCGGCAUGUACCCCAUGUUCGACCCCCCUCGUGAGGAUACUGCCCACACCAUCGCUGAGGCUCAGCACCUCGGUCUGUCCGUCAAGAUGUUGACUGGUGAUGCCCUUGCCAUCGCCAAGGAAACCUGCAAGAUGCUUGCCCUGAGCACCAAGGUUUACGACUCCGAGCGUCUGAUCCACGGUGGUCUUGCCGGCUCUGCCCAGCACGACCUCGUUGAGAAGGCUGAUGGUUUCGCUGAGGUCUUCCCCGAGCACAAGUAUCAGGUCGUCGAGAUGUUGCAGCAGCGUGGCCACUUGACUGCCAUGACUGGUGACGGUGUCAACGACGCUCCCUCUCUGAAGAAGGCUGACUGUGGUAUUGCCGUCGAGGGUUCCACUGAGGCUGCCCAGGCCGCUGCUGAUAUCGUCUUCCUUGCCCCUGGUCUCAGCACCAUCGUCGAUGCCAUCAAGCUUGCCCGUCAGAUCUUCCAGCGUAUGAAGGCCUACAUUCAGUACCGUAUUGCCCUCUGUCUCCACCUUGAGAUCUACCUUGUCACCUCGAUGAUCAUCAUUGAUGAGACCCUCAGGUCCGACCUGGUUGUCUUCAUCGCCCUGUUCGCUGAUCUGGCCACCAUCGCUGUUGCCUACGACAAUGCCCACUACGAAAUGCGCCCUGUCGAGUGGCAAUUGCCUAAGAUUUGGGUCAUCUCCAUCGUGCUCGGUGUCUUGCUUGCUGGUGCUACCUGGAUUAUGCGUGCUUCCCUCUUCCUGAACGACGGUGGUCUCAUCCAGAACUUCGGUUCUCCUCAGGAGAUGAUCUUCCUUGAAGUCGCUCUUACCGAGAACUGGCUCAUCUUCGUCACCCGUGGUGGUAAGACCUGGCCUUCAUGGCAGCUGGUUGGCGCCAUCUUCGUUGUCGAUGUGCUUGCCACCCUCUUCUGUGUCUUCGGCUGGCUUUCCGGUGACUACCGCCAGACCAGCCCUCCCAGCCACGCCGAGUUCUCCGUCAACGGCGAUGUCGACAUCGUCACCGUUGUUGUCAUCUGGGGUUACUCCAUUGGUGUCACUAUCAUCAUCGCCGUUGUCUAUUACAUCCUCACCAUCAUUCCCGCUCUUGACAACCUCGGCCGCAAGACCCGCUCCAAGGCUGACACCAAGAUCGAGAACAUGAUUGCCCACCUCUCCAAGUUGGCUAUCGAGCAUGAGACCGAUAACAACGGCAAGUCCUACUACACUCUCGGUGCUCGUGCCGAGGUGGAGGAGGAUGAUGAGUAA